CCAUUCUCACCCCCCAUGAGCCUUGGUUCUGAUGCAACCUAUGGUCAUGCAGGGAUGCCCUUAUACCCUCCCACGAUGUCAUGAAUGGCGAGCAGCUGACCAGUUCCAUCACAACAGCAGCCUCCGAAGCACCUGCCCCCAGCCUCAGGUUAGAGCUGCUGCUACCACCCCUGCACCUCCUCAGGAUGGUGCUGGGGUUUCCUGCCUAAGCCCAAAGCUCUUCAACGGGUCUGUUGGUGCCGCUGGACCUCUAGAACCACCAGCCAUGAAUCUGUGUUGGAAUGAAAUAAAAAAGAAGUCUCACAACCUCCGUGCUCGCCUUGAGGCCUUCUCGGACCACAGUGGAAAGCUUCAGCUCCCUCUCCAAGAGAUUAUCGACUGGCUCAGCCAAAAAGAUGAGGAAUUGUCAGCUCAGCUGCCCUUGCAAGGGGAUGUGGCCCUGGUGCAACAGGAGAAGGAGACACAUGCGGCCUUUAUGGAAGAUGUCAAGUCUCGGGGCCCCUAUAUCUACUCUGUGCUGGAGUCAGCUCAGGCCUUCCUGUCCCAGCACCCAUUUGAGGAAUUAGAGGAUCCUCGUUCUGAGAGCAAAGAUACCUCUCCCAGACAACGGAUUCAGAACCUUAGCCGCUUUGUGUGGAAGCAGGCAACAGUAGCCAGUGAACUAUGGGAGAAGCUGACAGCCCGCUGUGUAGACCAGCACCGCCACAUUGAGCGCACUCUGGAGCAGCUGUUGGAGAUCCAAGGAGCAAUGGAGGAAUUAAGCAAUACUCUGACACAGGCUGAGGGAGUCCGAGCCACAUGGGAGCCCAUUGGGGAUCUCUUCAUUGAUUCACUACCUGAGCACAUUCAGGCUCUUAAGCUGUUCAAAGAAGAAUUCUCUCCCAUGAAAGAUGGAGUGAAAUUGGUGAAUGAUCUGGCCCACCAACUUGCCAUUUCUGAUGUACACUUGUCAAUGGAGAAUUCCCGAGCCCUGGAGCAGAUCAAUGUCCGCUGGAAACAACUACAGGUGUCAAUUGGUGAGAGGCUUAAGCAGCUCCAGGAUGCCCACCGGGACUUUGGGCCUGGGUCACAGCACUUCCUCUCCUCCUCUGUGCAGGUUCCCUGGGAAAGAGCAAUUUCACCCAAUAAAGUUCCCUACUACAUCAACCACCAGGCUCAGACCACUUGCUGGGACCAUCCCAAGAUGACGGAGUUAUACCAAACCCUGGCCGAUCUGAACAACAUUAAAUUCUCAGCUUACCGCACUGCCAUGAAGCUACGCAGAGUCCAGAAAGCACUGCGUUUGGACCUGGUAACUUUAACCACAGCCCUGGAGAUUUUCAAUGAGCAUGAUCUGCAGGCCAGUGAGCAUGUCAUGGACGUGGUAGAGGUCAUUCACUGCCUCACAGCCUUAUAUGAACGGCUAGAGGAGGAAAGAGGCAUCCUGGUCAACGUGCCACUCUGUGUGGAUAUGAGUCUCAACUGGCUCCUCAAUGUUUUUGAUAGUGGUCGCAGUGGGAAGAUGCGGGCAUUGUCUUUCAAGACUGGCAUUGCAUGCCUGUGUGGCACGGAAGUGAAGGAAAAGUUACAGUGCUUAGCCCUCUCCCAGUCUGAAGGUCAAGCCAUGUCACACAUUCUACUGGAGACUUCCCCUGUGAUUUCAUGGGUGGGCACACUAAUCCCCAUCAGGAUUAUUAUUGGAGACCUCUUCAGCCAAGUAGCCAACUCAGGCAGCCAGUGUGACCAGCGCCACCUCGGUGUCCUGCUCCAUGAGGCCAUUCAGGUGCCCCGUCAGCUGGGGGAAGUGGCAGCCUUUGGGGGCAGCAAUGUGGAGCCCAGUGUCCGUAGUUGCUUCCGUUUUAGCACUGGGAAGCCAGUCAUUGAAGCUUCACAGUUCCUAGAGUGGGUCAACUUGGAGCCCCAAUCCAUGGUGUGGCUGGCUGUUCUGCAUCGGGUCACCAUUGCUGAGCAAGUGAAGCAUCAGACCAAAUGCUCUAUCUGUAGGCAGUGCCCCAUCAAGGGCUUCAGGUACCGGAGUCUGAAACAAUUUAACGUGGACAUCUGCCAGACAUGCUUCUUGACAGGAAGGGCCAGCAAAGGCAACAAGCUUCACUACCCCAUCAUGGAGUAUUACACCCCGACCACAUCCAGCGAGAACAUGAGGGACUUUGCCACAACCUUAAAGAACAAAUUCCGCUCAAAGCAUUAUUUCAGCAAACACCCUCAGCGAGGUUAUUUGCCUGUGCAGUCGGUACUGGAGGCUGAUUACAGUGAGACGCUGGCUUCUUCCCCGAUGUUGCCACAUGCUGACACACACUCCCGCAUUGAGCAUUUUGCCAGCAGGCUUGCUGAGAUGGAAAGUCAGAAUUGUUCCUUCUUUAAUGACAGCCUGUCCCCAGAUGACAGCAUAGAUGAGGACCAGUACCUGCUACGGCACUCCAGCCCCAUUACAGACCGGGAGCCUGGCCUUGGACAGCAGGCCCCAGGCAGCAUGGCCACAGAAAGCAAGGGGGAGCUAGAGAAAAUCCUGGCGCACUUGGAGGAUGAGAACCGGAUUCUCCAGGGAGAGCUAAAGCGCUUGAAGUGGCAGCACGAGGAGGCUGCUGAGGCCCCCACCCUGGCUGAGGGCUCUGCAGAGGUAGCACAGGACCCCCGCAAUGAGGAGCUGCUGGCUGAGGCCCGGAUCCUCCGGCAGCACAAGAGCCGCCUGGAGACACGCAUGCAGAUCCUAGAGGAUCACAAUAAGCAACUGGAGUCCCAGCUGCAGCGCUUAAGGGAACUGCUCCUGCAGCCACCCACCGAAUCAGAUGGCAAUGGCUCUGCAGGUUCGUCCCUAGCUUCCUCUCCGCAGCAGUCAGAAAGCAGUCACCCCCAGGAGAAAGGACAGACCACUCCAGAUACUGAGGCUGCAGAUGAUGUGGGGUCAAAGAGCCAAGAUGUCAGCCUGUGCUUGGAGGACAUCAUGGAGAAGCUCCGCCAUGCCUUCCCCAGCGUGCGAAGUUCUGAUGUGACUGCCAACACCCUGUUGGCCUCUUGAGGGAGCCAGAUCCCCAUCCUAUAAUCCAUAGCCCUCUCCAGUUCUGGUCCAAGUCUUCCUUCAGCCUUCACCCAACCCUUCUGGCCCACAUUCCUCAGCCAGAGUUAUCUGAGCUCUGGGUAGGAGCAGGGAUCUGCUCGUAUGUGAGGAGGAUGCUUCAGGGCUGGGGGAGGGAGAGGCAUGGUUCCUCCAACUCUAGAAAUGUGCCCUUUAAUCCUCAAGUUUGAGACCAAUCCCUUACAUAUGUUUCUGUUGCAUCCAUGCAAGUGGCACUUGAAGGUCAUUCAGAUGGGGAGCAGAGAAGCUGUCUUGCAGAGCUAAGCAGUGCCCAUUAGCCCCUUUCCCUUCUCCAUAGCAUUAUGGACAUAAGGAAGCCUCACGACCCCAGGGUUCCAGCAUUAUGAAUCUCCAGGGGUUAGCCCUCCUCUCUUCCCAACUCAGGGAGGCAGAAGGGUAUCCCCCAAGACACCUUCCCCCCAAAAAAUGCCCCUGAAAAUGUUCGGGCAGCAUGUGACAUAUAACUUUACUCUGAUGGCAUCUUUCUGGCCAUCCUGAUGCUACCUAGAUGUUGUUUCCCCUCCGAAUAUCUUCAGUUCUUUCUGCCUCAGGCGCUGACAGACGUUCCUCAAGGGUUGUGGGUGGGGGAAGAGUUCAUUCAGAUUCUUACUUACUGUACCUUUGGGAACAUUAAAGACAUACUUAUGAGCUUAGUGUUUUCCCCAAUCCUCCUCCUUCCUGAAGGCCUCAGCAUCCUGAGACACCAGCUGAGUAGCUCUGGGAAUCUAGCUGAAGCCACCCUUAGCUCUUCUGGGUCUGUCCUUAGAGCCCUGGAGUAGGGGCAGCAGCUUGCUGGGCAAGGGGGUCUUGCUCUCCUUGGGUGAGGAAGGGGAAGCCACUACUAGCCUGGAGGAGUGUGACUGCCCCACACCCUUGCAGGCUGGGCCCCUUCUUUUUUCAGGUAGAAUCAGCGGAGGUGGCUGAUUGUCCCUGGCCAAUCAUAAGGCAGAUGCAAGUGGCGACCUGAAACAGGGGUCCCUUCCUAGGAGCCGCUGGCCACAAAUCAGGAAGCUGACCACUUUCCACCCAAACAAUAGCAAGGCCUUCCUUUGCAUAAAACUGGUCUUUCUAACUCUGGAAGCUGAACCCGAUCCUCCAAGUAAACUAACUCUUCUUGGGCUACAGAUACCAUAAUCCCUUUAUCCAGAAACUCAUUCAGAGUAGAUAGCAGGGGAUGGGGGUAGGGGGGGGAGUGGGCUUGGGAAAUUUGCACAGAGUCGGAGCCCACUUAGGCAGCUUUCUGCAAAAGGAGCUUUAUAACCUAGAGCCCUGCGAUUUACUUAAUUUGCCUAGGUUUAUAUACAUACGUAUCUAUCCUGCAGAUCUACUGUACAGCAGUACCCCCUGGCCUCACUCACAUUAAAUUCUAAAGCUCUUAAAGGAUUAAUGUUCUGCCUUGCUCUUUGUUAGCCCCAGCCUCUGGCUGGACGGAGAGAUGCAUCCUGGCUGCUCCCCUAGGAUGUCUCUCCAGUCAUGUUUGGGGUGAGCUGUCCUCAAGACCAAAGCCACAGAAGCCUGUGGCCACAGUGGAAUCUAACAGGAAGAGUCACUCUGUUCUCUUCACUCCUUCCAAAUCUUGUUCCCUUGAGACCUGGGCCUUGGAUGACUAUUCCUGGGUUUCCCCUAAACAAUGGUUCAGUUGCCUAGAGCAUCUACUCAUCCCAUGCAGACAAGAAGGAACAGAUGGGCUCUUGUUGGCCUUUGCGAGGCUACAACCCAGAGAACACCCUCCAGCCCCUUCUAGUUCUUAAGUCUGGCUCAGGGUCUUAAAGAAAGCAGUGGCUGCCACCAAGGUCAGGAGGGUGUGAGACAGUUGGAGUGCUCUGUUAUAAUCAAGUAGUGGGCCAGUGGUUAGAACUAUUAGGAAGUUAGAUUUAUCUGCUGCAGGGGAAGGGGGGCAUCAGCUUGGGUCCAGAAGCCUAGGAUUGCUUCAUUUCUAGAAUGGCCAGGGAGCACUAAGCCAUAGGUCUGAGGUAUCAGACCUAAUCAGACGUCUGCCUUAGUGCUCAUGAAGACUCUGGAUGGGAGGACUGAGUAUCUGUAUGUAUGGUGAACAGGUAGUCGGCAGGCAUCAGACACAGAGCAUGGGCAUCUGUCCAAGGCAGGGGUGAGGGAGGAUGGGGGUGGAAGGAGGUUAUAUUUGUAGGGGCCUAGUUUGUGGGCAAGAAAGGGAUAGAAGAAAUUUGCUAUAGGCCAGAGAGCUCAGGGUCUUUGAGGCAUAUCCUGCCUAAGCCUUAGGAGGGCAGAUGUUACAAAACAAUCUUUUACCAGGGAAGUUCUAGAAAACCUUUUCCAUAACCCCCACUCAGCCAAGAGAUCUUGGGCUGCUGAGGGCCUGUGGCAACUGCAGUGGGCUAGGCAUGGUAGGGAAGAUGUAGAUCUUGCUAUGUAGGAUUUGUGCUGUAGGUGAACUGAAGCAGCAGAGUAAGAGUUGAAUUCUCACUAAUGGGGCCGCUGACACUUUGUGUGUGGUCCUGUGUGUACCAGAGGUGAGUAUGUCACUCAAGGGUCCAGUGACAGUCUCUGCAGCAUUGUGUGGGCCAUUUGCCCAUGGUGAGGUAAAGGGAUCCUUGGGCGCCAUGAAUCCAAAUGAGGGUGAGAUUUACUGAGGUGUGUUGCAUGUUGUGAGGCAUCUGUCAUGUAGUUUGUCUCCUGGAGGUAUUUUUUGUGAUGUUGCAUUAAUUUAGGGCCUUGUGCAGGAGCAGGAGUAGAGGGAGUUUCCAGGGAGGCAGCCUAAAGAAAACCUCUGACUUGUGAGAUCAGCAUCAGUAUGAAGGAAUGUGAGUGUUUGGGGUGGUUGCCAAGUAGUAUCAGGGAACAGUUAGGUUUGAGAGAUGAUUGACUCUCGACAGAAUCUGACAGAGGCCAAAAUGCCAUUCUGAGGGGGCUCUGCUCCGAGAGCAGAGUAGGGUCAUGUUGACUGGGAACUUGUCAGAAAAGGCUGACUGGCAGAACAUCAAGCUGUCUGUUGUAUGGUUCUCUGAGGAGGGCCCUACCAGGCAAGACACAUGCCCUUUCCUCCAGGAUGGCAAGGCUGAGAUCAAGGUUCUCAAGUGCGCAUUUCCUUCAAGGCCCAAACUUUGGAAAUACAUCCCUGUAGAGAAACCUGUUUUGAGUUUCUUGGGCUCCAGGAACUGGGCUGGCAGGCCAUGGUAAUGAGACACCCUGAGGUCAGGCAGAGACCCGUGCUGGGAGAUUCCCCCCCCCCCCCAGAUUCAUUUUCAGGAAUACCUGUGCUGCCUGAGGGGUGUGUUUGGGACCUGGGCUCCACAUCCAGCUUCAUGCCAGAACAUUCCUUGAACAUGCAUUCUCAAUGGCUGACUUGUGUCCUCUGACACCAUUUCGAGCCAAGAAUCCCAUUAAAGUUCCCUUGACAUGGGUGACAGCUAGUCAGGAAAGUAAGCUGCCUUAAGAUAAACCAUCCUGGGGGAGACACUGGGGGUCCUGCCCUAGGGUUGUGGAGACUUAGCUGCUCAGCAGGGCAGCUCUAUCUCUAGGCCUCUCUGCAAAAAUCUGGCCCUGGGAACAAAGGAAUACUUAAGAUCCUUACUCUUUUAACACUACUGGCUGUGGGAGAGGGACAGGUUCAAGGACAGGGCUCAGCUCCCAGCCUCCAUCUCCUCCCACAGCUGCUGCAUUUGGGGGGGGGGGGCUGCUGAAUGUCCUUGCUGUCCCCAGGGCAGUAUUGAGGCCAGAGAGGAGCCCUGCCCUGCUGCUUGCUGGCUGCAAGAACUGGUCUUGGGAAUGGAAGCGGGGAAAGGAUCCAGGGGAGGGGGAGGUGGCAGGGGUGGCACACGAGUCUAGAAAAGUUUGGGACAAAGGGGCGGAGCUGGGAACAAACUGGUUAAUUUUGAUUGCCACUCACCGUGGUGCUUUUCCUUUCUCCCUGGAAUUCUGCU